UAUACUCUGUGCGUGUGAGUGAGUUGUGUUGUGUGCUGCUUCUUGCUUGUGAUUGCAGCUGCAAACCAUGCAUCUGCAGUCUGCAAUAAAAUUGGUAUAAAAUCGAAAAAUGAUUUCAUUUAUGAAUUAAGAUAAUUUAUGAACAGUAAUUUCAGUGUUAACAUGAAAUGUUAUGUGCCCAUGACGAAAAAAGUACUCCAAAAUGUAAAUAAAUCGAACGUGAACUUUUGUUUGAGUCUAUCGAACUGCGAACGUUUUUUUCUAUUUUGACCGUUGAUUCCUAUGAUAAAAACGAUUUUUGGUGCUGUAUUUAUUAUACCAUCAGUUGUUUGUAAAUAUAUUUAUUUUCUGAGGUGCCGAAGGAUUUUAGAAUAGUUGUAAAGAAAAGUGGUUUGUAAUGUUGUUCCGGGAGAGUGCGUGAUCUAGCAAGUAAGAACAAUGUCGGGAGCUACGACGCCGACGGGCACGGAAGCGCCGGCGCUGGAUGACCGCGACGUCGAGCCGCGCACGCCCAUGAAGCGGCUCGGCUCUACACGGAAGCUGGCCGCCUUCAACAACAUCCGGCUGCAGCUGGCGGAGCAGACGCGCGUGCUGGAGGCGCGCGCCGAGGCCACGGCGGGCGUGGCGGGCGAGCUGCACGACUACUGCCGCCGCCGCGCCGACCUCGAGCACGAGUACGCGCGCGCGCUCGACAAGCUGGCGCGCGCCGCCACCCAGCGCCACAAGGACCAGAAGCACAAGCGCGAGCAGUGGGCGCUGACGGGUGCGUACGCGUGCUGGCAGGCGGCGCUGGACAGCACGCGCGCGCUGUCGCGCGACCACGCGGCGCUGGGCGAGCUGUACGGCGGGCCGCUGGCCGCGCGCCUGCAGCGCUGCGCCGAGGACGCGCUGCGCCUGCACCGCAAGUGCCGCGACAUCGUGGCGGAGCGGCACGAGGAGGUGGGCGCGGCGCUGGCCGAGGCGGCGGCGGCCGGCAAGGCGCACGCGGCCGCCGCCGCCGACUGGCGCGCCGCCGCUCUCAAGCUGCGCCACGCCUACGACCAGCGCCAGCGCGUGGCCGCCGCCGACCCGCCGCGAAACAAGAAGCUCAAGGCACUCGACAAGGAGCUCGAGAAGAGGCGGUCGCGGCACAGCGAGGCGCGAGUGCGGGCGCUGCGGGCGCGCGCCGACUACGUGCUGAGCCUGGAGGCCGCCAACGCCACGCUGCAGCGCUACUACCUGGACGACAUCGCCGACAUCAUCCUGUGCAUGGAGGUGGGCUUCGAGGCGGGCGUGGGGCGCUGCGUGCGCACGGCGGGCGCCGCGGAGAGUGCACGUGCUGCCGCCGCCGAGGCCGCCGCCGGCGCGCUGCGGGCCGCGGCCGACGCGCUGGACGCGCUGGGCGACCGCCAGCGCCUGCUGGACGCGCACGCCGCCGCCUUCGCGCUGCCGCGCCCGCUGCCCUACCAGGGCGCCGCGCCCGCCGUGCAGGACGCCGAGCUGCGCGACCUGCUGGCCGACGCCGCCACCGAGGACGCGGCGCCCGACGCGCUGGCGCAGGAGCUGCAGGCGCGGCUGGCGCAGCUCGACGCCAGCGCGCGGCAGCUGCGCGCCGAGUGCCAGGAGAACGCCAAGACGCUCGACGCCGCCGAGGCCGAGCUCGUCAAGCAGAUGGAGGGCAGCGACGCGCAGUGGGACGUGAGCGGGCUGUUCGGCGCGGGCGGCGGCGUCGUGCCGCCUGGAGCGUCCGCGCCGCCCGACGAGCAGGAGGACUACUACCUGGGCAAGUUCCGCGCCUACGCCGCCAGCGCCGGGCGGCUGGCGCGGCUGGACAGCAAGGCGCUGGCGGCGCGGCGGCUGGCGGCGCCGGGCGCGGCGCCGGCGGCCCCGGCGUCGCCGCCGCGGCGCGGCGCGCGGCUGCGGCGCGGGCAGUUCGCGGCGCCGCUGGAGCUGCGGCUGCCGGUGGUGCUGACGUCGUGCGUGCGCGUGAUCGCGCGGUUCGGGCUGCGGCACCAGGGCGUGUUCCGCGUGUCGGGCUCGCAGCUGGAGAUGCAGGCGCUGCGGGCCGCCUUCGAGCGCGGCGAGGACCCGCUGGCCGACGUGCGCGACGCCAGCGACAUCAACACCGUCUGCGGCCUGCUCAAGCUCUACCUGCGCGAGGUGCGGCCGCCGCUGCUGCCGCCGCAGCUGCAGGAGCGGCUGCUGCGCGUGGCGGCGCUGCCGGACGACGCGGCCUUCGUGCGGCGCAUGCGCGACACGCUGGCCGCGCUGCCGCCGCCCGCGCUCAUAGUGCUGCGCUACCUCUUCGCCUUCCUCGCGCACCUGGCGGAGCACAGCGCGGAGAACAUGAUGGACGCGUGGAACCUCGCCAUCUGCCUCGGGCCCACGCUGCUGGCGGCGUGGGGCGAGGGCGGCGCGCAGGUGGCGGCGCAGAACCUCGUCAACGAGCUCGUCAAGCGCUGCAUCCUGCACCACGCGCAGCUCUUCCCGCAGGACCUCGCGCCCGACGCGCUCUACGUGCGCGAGUGCGACGCCGCCGCGGUGCCGGACCCCGCGCCCGACCCGGCCCCCGCCGCACCCGCGCCCGACGACCUGUCGCUCUACGACAUCGACGACGACACCGACGACGUCAGCGACUCGGACGGCGACAGCGGCGACUGGGCGCCGCGCGAGCCCGACCUGCCCUCGGCGGCGCCGGGCGGCGACAGCGCGGCCGGGCCGGCGCCGGGACUAGUGCAGGACGACGAGGUGACACAACCGGCCGCCGAGCCCGCCGAGCCCGCCGCGACCGCGUCCGAGCCCUGCAGGCGCCUGGCCGAGAGCACGCCCGACCUGGUGCUGGACCUGCCCGCCCGCGCCGCGCCCGCCGACUCCGCCGACACCUUCCUGCACAACCGCGACACGCUGCGCAAGCGGCCCCGCGCCGGCCCCGCGCCCGCGCCCGGCCCUGCGCCCGCCACUCCAGCGCCCGCCGCCCCCGCGCCCGCCACCCCCGCGCCCGCCGCCAGCCCCGUGCCGGCGCGCAACACGGCGCGCGUGGCCGCCAAGUUCGCCGAGCUGACGCUGACGGGCGGCUCGCUGAAGCCGGCGCUGGCCGCCAAGCCGGCGCUGCUGCGCCGCCCCACGCCGCACCCGCAGCACGCGCCGCGCGCGCCCGCCGACGCGGCGGCUCCGGCGGCAGACCCCGACGCCGCCUGCUAGCCCAGCGCUGACCUUGCAGAACGUUAUCUUUACCGUGUCAUUAUUUUUUAUACGCGCCGAGGAACGCGCUCGCACUGACCCCCGCCGAUAUUGACGCGCUGUAGUUGUAAGUAGUAGGUGCGUAUUUUUUUAAGUAAUUUUAGGCCUGGAAUGAGGCUAACGUUCGUAGGCGCAUGUAGUGGUCGCGGGCGGCCGGUGCGGCGUGUAUCCGCGGCGCAUUAUACACUGUAUCUAUGGAAUGUGCUAUAUCUAUCCAUGAUAACCUCGUACUCAAUAAACCAGUAUUACACACAAA